UCUCUUUCCAUCGGUAGCGAAAGAUCGUCGGAGCCUCAUCUCUGACAUGGCCAGCGAUUGUAAGUACUCGUGCCGGACGGCGAGUGAAACCCUAGAAUGGAUUCACGCAAUAGUCGACUUCCUCAAGUCUUACAGUGUCUUCUUAGAAGCACACGUCGUCAAUUUCUUCAAGGAUAGGCUGUGGGAAGCUGUUGAUAAAGAAUGGAUUGAUUGCCUUCGUAAUGCAUCCGUUGAAAGUCUUCUCUUAAUUCCAUCUGGUGUGGUCCAGGAUCACUGGCCUGCUUCACUUAAGGAAUUUAUCCUUACUUUAAAGUCUCUUACACUUCCUCGGGAGCAGGCAGAUCUGCAGAAGGUAUUACCCGAUCUACACAUCGAUUCACUCAAUAGUGUUCUUACACAGGGCAUGAAUCUGAAGAAAAAACACGAAAUAAUAGCUCUUGCUGCCGUUGUCAAUUCGAUUGCAAGGAAUAUUGGAGCUAAUACUAUAGUUGACGUGGGUGCUGGUCAGGGCAUGGCUAAAAAUCUCUAUUAUUUAUUUGAUUUAGAUGGAGAGAAACACAAUUAG